AGAAAAGGAAGACGAAGAAGAAGCGUCCUCACUCCAAAACGGGCUGGGCUCAUGCUAGCACUUCUAAUGACCACAAACUUACAUUUUGUCAAAUUUUGCCUUAAAUGGUCGACUAUAGUCUUGUUUUCUAAGAAAUAUUCCUUAUCGGAGCAGUCUGGGAUUCACACGGGUUACAGACAAAAAGGCGUCGUGUUUUUCCCAUUAGCGUGGACGUCUGCGCUGCCAAAAAGUGAUACUUGUUUAUUUACUCCAUCCAACAUUUAACUAAACAUUUAUCGUUCGGUUCUUUAUUGCGACACGUGUUAUAAGUUUCCCUUUUUUUUAUGUUGAGAAGUCCGACCAUGUGAAAUAGGAGCAUCAUGGACAGAGACUUGUUGAGACAGUGUCUGACUUACCACGGAGAGUCACUAUUCUGCACGCUGAAAUGUGAACAAACCGAGAACCCGGACUUCCAGGCCGUGGUGGCGGACUUGUGUCAGGCCGCCUGUGAGAGCAACGGCGAAGGGCUGGAGAACCCGCUCGUGGAGCAGUUCAUUGCCAGGAAGGCUGACAUUCUGUUCUGUCCGUCGUGGAAGACAGCAACUCCGAAAGAGGAGAAGCAUGGCGAUGAAGAGGCUGCAGAGCCCUACGCCGUCAUGCCACCCCUGGAGUUAUUCAUGGAAGUGCCUUACGAUGAGAGAAGGGCCAUGCUGUAUCGAGACUUGGAGCGAGGGGACAUCGUGGUGGGGAGGAUCAACAAUAUCAGAGAGUAUGGCUUUUUUCUCACUCUGAUUUGCAUGGCGGGAGGAAUGAAUCGAGACAUAGAAGACCUGGAGUUAUCUGCUCUUUGUCACAUUCGAGAAAUUCCCUCUGCUGGCAGCCAUGACGAUCCUUUGUCUUACUACCAGAUUGGAGACCUAAUCAGAGCUGGUGUGAAAGACAUCGACCGCUACCAGGAAAAAAUCACAGUGUCACUGCUUCAAACGUCGCUUCCACCCAGAUCGGAGAGCGUCCAGCUGGGAGUCAUAAACAAGGACGAGCUGCCUCUACACUAUAAUCGUAGUGUUCGGGCAGCUAGUGACUCAAGGGAGACAUACGAGCGUAUACUGUGUGGUUGCCACGGCUACCACAACCCUUCUGUCGUGGACUACCUGCUGGACAACAUUGGCGUAACUGACCUUCACCCACCCUCCAUGAUGAGGGGGCUACAAAGUAAACUCUUUGAAAAAGAAGAUUUUGCGUGUGCAAUCCGAGAGAAGCAAUCUGCAUCCUGGGCUUUGAAAUGUGUCAAGGCAGGUGUGGACCACUUUAAACACAGUCGCCAUGUGGAAGCCAUGAACGAGUACAACAAAGCUUUGGACAUCGACACAAACAACGUGGAAGCGCUGGUAGCACGAGGAGCUCUGUAUGCCAAUAAAGGCAGCAUUUUGAAGGCUGUAUCCGACUUCGAACUGGCCCUCAAGACCUGUCCAGAUCACCGCAAUGCCAAGAAGUACCUCUGCCAGACUCUGGUUGAGAGAGGAAAACAACUGGAAGAACAGGAGAAACUGGUAACGGCAGAAGGGGUGUACCGAAGAGCUCUCUCGCUGGAUGAAGCAAACCCUGAGGCCCAGGAAGCCUUGAACAAGAUCACAGAGACCAUACAGAAUUCGAUUCGCCUUCGGGAAGAGGCGCUCACUAAAGAAGCGGCAGACAAAGCUAAGAGCGGUCAAAGCAGUGCUGAGAAAUUGCGUAAGAUCUUAAAAGAGGAGAAGAGGAUGAAACGAAAACGGAAGAGAUCCUCCCCUUCCCCGUCAACAUCCCCUUCCUCUAGGAACUCCUCCACUUCAUCGUCCUCGUCCGAUCACAGGAGGUCCAAAAAGAAGAAAAAGAAGAAAAGGCGGUCGCAGCGGGAAAGCAAGCGCCAUCGCAGGCUCUCUUCAAGAGAGAGCAGCAGGAGGAGUGAAGAUGGUAAAUGUGGGAAAAGGAGGAAGGAGAAAGAGGAGGAUGAGGAGCUGGAGUGGUACCCGGAACCUCCUAACACCUCUGCCACCUUUCUCAACCAGAAGGGAGGCCGAGGUUUUGGAGUAAUGGACGAAGAGGAGGAGGGGGAGGCAAGUAGGAAGGGUAAAGCUGGCAAUGGCGCAAGGAUCUGUUUGUACUCUUUGUCAGGAACCUCAGAAGAUGAAGGGUCCGAGUGUCCAUCUCAUUCAGGAAGUAACUAUAAGGUUAAAGUAGAAAGCAGCUCCAGGACGAUGAAGAGUAGCAGUGGAAGUCCAGAAAGAACUAUGCGUAGAAAUAGUAGUCACAGGAGCGUCGAGCGAGGAAAUGAGGACAAAAGGAGGAGAAGCUUAGAUGAGAGGAAGCGCAAAAUAUCUUGCUCGUCUUCCGAGUCCUUGUACUCGAGGAAACCUGCGGAUGCCGAACAUUCAGGACACUGCGGUCAAAGCAAAGGUUUCCCUCGGAGGAGCUCCUUGGGAAGCGAAAUGUCUGAAAGCCGAGGCUGGGAAAAAGAGGAGGCUUGGGAAGAGACGUGUCGGGGUAAGGACAGAGCCGAGGAGGAAAAGGUAGAUAGAGGCAGGUCUGAGUCUGAGCAGGGUGGAGAGAUCUUGGUCCCGGGGGGAAAGGCCAAAAAGGACCUUCCUGCAAAUUUGUUGGACAUCUUCAACCAAAUUGCCAAGUUUGAGAAGGAUAAAGGCGUUAGACCCAAAAAGUAAACAACAGAUUUGGAAAGUUUAAAUAUCGUCUACCGCAUUUUUCAGGGUAUAAGUCGCACCUGCCAAAAAUGCAUAAUAAAGAAGGAAAAAAACACAAGUCGCAUUUUCGGGGGGAAAUUUAUUUGAUAAAACCCAACAAUAGACAUUUGAAAGUCAAUUUCAAAUAAAUAAAGAAUAGUGAACAACAGGCUGAAUAAGUGUACGUUAUAUGAGGCUUAAAUAACAACUGAGAAGGUGUCUGAUAUGUUAACCUAACAUAUUAUGGGAAGAGUCAUUCAAAUAACUACAACAUAUAAAACAUGCUAUGUGUUUAGUAGGGGUGUAACGGUACACAAAAAUUUCGGUCCGGUACUGUCGUGGAAUUUUUUUAAAGACGAUACUUUAGUGACAAAAAUGAUUUAUUAAAGUAACAAACAAAUAAUAACAAGCUUCGCAAAGCGAGACCAAAUCAAAACGACACAACCGUUCGUUCCAGCUUGUUCUAACCCUUUUGGAAUAUGUCAUGAAGUCCUACCCUCCAUGCUCAUUUACAUUACAGUACACCAAGUGGAAUGAAUACCCAAGUCCUGUGAAGAAGGAGAGGCCAAAAAGGACCUUCCUGCAAAUUUGUUGGACAUCUUCAACCAAAUUGCCAAGUUUGAGAAGGAUAAAGGCGUUAGACCCAAAAAGUAAACAACAGAUUUGGAAAGUUUCAAUAUCCUGUACCGCAUUUUUCAGGGUAUAAGUCGCUCCGGAGUAUAAGUCGCACCUGCCGAAAAUGCAUAAUAAAGAAGGAAAAAAACACAAGUCGCAUUUUCGGGGGGAAAUUUAUUUGAUAAAACCCAACAAUAGACAUUUGAAAGUCAAUUUCAAAUAAAUAAAGAAUAGUGAACAACAGGCUGAAUAAGUGUACGUUAUAUGAGGCUUAAAUAACAACUGAGAAGGUGUCUGAUAUGUUAACCUAACAUAUUAUGGGAAGAGUCAUUCAAAUAACUACAACAUAUAAAACAUGCUAUGCGUUUAGUAGGGGUGUAACGGUACACAAAAAUUUCGGUCCGGUACUGUCGUGGAAAUUUUUUAAAGACGAUACUUUAGUGACAAAAAUGAUUUAUUAAAGUAACAAACAAAUAAUAACAAGCUUUGCAAAGCGAGACCAAACCAGAACGACACUUCCGUUCGUUCCAGCUUGUUCUAACCCUUUUAGAAUAUGUCAUGAAGUCCCACCCUCCAUGCUCAUUUACAUUACAGUACACCAAGUGGAAUGAAUACCCAAGUCCUGUGAAGAAGGAGAGGGUGUCGUUUGUCCAUAAAGGUUAGGGGGGGGAGGGGGGGACUCAGGAAAGGGCAACAGUUUAGCACGGGGGGGGGUGCCAGGGAGAGAAAACACACAUGCCCAGGUCAACUAAAGUCCACAUGUCACAUCAAAGACACAUUAGACAGAGCUUGAUCAGAUAAGAGAUCUCUUGCUAAGUGUCACAUUCCUGAGCCCAAUAAAGAACUUUUGGUACCCAGUUCAAAGAACAUCAUCUAUUUAAACGAGUAUAAGUAAAUUUGCUUUCACAAUACCUACCUCGGUUCGGUUCAUUUUCGGUACAGUAAGAAAACAACAAAAUAUAAAUUUUUUGGUUAUUUAUUUAUUAAAUUUGCGAAAUCUUCCACCAAAAAUAUUUUUCUUCAUGGAAUAUUUUAUGCGAAGUAAUCAAAACCUUGGAUAGGUCAAUAAUUCAUAAUAUUGAUUUUGAUUCAAUAUUUUGUUUAGCCUUUAAGCUUUUUUAUUUCACGUUUGUUUAUGUUAAUAGUAUUUUUAGAAUGUGCUGUGGGCCUUUAAAACAAAUGGCUUCCGGGGCACACUUUUUGACACCCCUGCUAUAGAUAAUAAAAAAUAAAAUCUGAUAAAUCUAUAAUAAAAAAGCAGAGCCUGGCGACGCAUGCGCGUUUAUCUUAACUCUCUCGCUCUCUCUGUCUCUGCUCCUCUCUCACGAUUGUUGCUGCGUGCACAAUUUUUGUUUUUAGCCCCUUCUUAACGCUGAACGUACAUUGAAAAUACACUAACUUAAAGGCCUACUGAAAGCCACUACUACCGACCACGCAGUCUGAUAGUUUAUAUAUCAAUGAUGAAAUAUUAACAUUGCAACACAUGCCAAUUAAUAAUGGAGACGUCAAAGAAGAAAGCUGUAGGUGGGAAGCGGUGUAUUGCGGCCGCCUUUAGCAACACAAACACAGCCGGUGUUUCCUUGUUUACAUUCCCGAAAGAUGACGGUGAAGCUUUACUAUGGAACAUAGCGGUCAAAGGAACAUGGUUCCCUACCACAUGUCAACCGGCAUGUUUCGGUGAGAAAAUGGUGGUAAUAAGUCGGCUCUUACCAUAGACAUGAGCGGAGAGCUUGCGUCGUACUUCCUGCACCUGUCAAAGAGGCAGCUGCGACUCUCUUGCCUCCUCGCACCGGCCGCCCCCGACUGUCAAAUGCUUCCACCGUGGAGGAGGGAAAACAAAAAAAAAUCUCAGGCCGGCCCGACCGGCUGCUUUCGCCUCGUUGAGAAACGUGGCUUCCCUCGCAGACACUGGCGGUCACCACACCCCUCCGACUUUCAGGUUGUACAGGUACGACCAUAUAAUCUCACUAAAACACUAGUAACACAAUAAAUAGAUAAGGGAUUUUCCAGAAUUAUCCUAGUAAAUUUGUUUAAUAACAUCUGAAUCGUUCUGCCGUGUAGUUUCUUUUUUUUUUCUCUUGUCCUUCACUCUCACUUUCCUCAUCCACAAAUCUUUCAUCCUCGCUCAAAUUAAUGGGGAAAUUGUCGCUUUCUCGGUGCGAAUCGCUCUCGCUGUUGGUGGCCAUGAUUGUAAACAAUGUGCGGAUGUGAGGAGCUCCACAACCCGUGACGUCACGCGCACAUCGUCUGCUACUUCCAGUAAAGGGAAGGAUUUUUUACUAGCGAGCAAAAGUUGCGAUCUUUAUCGUGGAUGUUCUCUACUAAAUCUUUUCAGCAAAAAUAUGGCAAUUUCGUGAAAUGAUCAAGUAUGACAAAUAAAAUGGACCUGCUAUCCCCGUUUGAACAAGAAAAUCUCAUUUCAGUGGGCCUUUUAAAAGGCCGGACAUUUGAGGCAUUUAAGGAACUCCACCCGGACGGCCCCACAAAAGAGGACAUAUCCGGUGAAAAGAGGAGGUUUGGUCACUCUAUCGUUGCCCGGUCGCUGCUAGCAUGCCGUGUGUUGUCUACACAACGUGCGGUACGCUACUUAAUAUGUCCGUGUGGAAACUCGUUCGGUACACCUCCGAACCGAAACCCCCGUACCGAAACGGUUCAAUACAAAUACACGUACCGUUACACCCCUAACGUUUACCAAACAGUCCGUCACUCCUAAUCGCUAAAUCCCAUCAAAUCUUAUACGUCUACAUAAUACUAUUUGAUAUUUUACCGUAAUGUGUUAAUAAUUUCACACAUAAGUCGCUCCUGAGUAUAAGUCGCAAACUGUGGGAAAAAAACUGCGACUUAUAGUCCGAAAAAUACGGUACGUUAGAAGUGGAAAUAGGUCUUUUUUUUUUUUCUUCUUCUUUUAAAUCCGCAUUUGUUAAUGUGUUGCUUACACCCUGGAAGAGAGGGCUGUAAUUGUGGGAACGGUGAAUAAACAUUUAGAAAGCAGGGAUGUGCCUGAAAAGAAAUAUGCUGAAUGCCACACAAACUGACAUUUUGACUUAUAAAAGAAAUGAUUGGAUGUGCUUCGGUGUUAAACAUAUUUAGGACAUUUUUGGAAAGGGACAUCAGACUCACCAUUGUGCAUCGAUUUAAUACAACUCAACUGGUAAUGUUUUUUUAAACAUUUUUUUGUCUUUUUUUUUUUUUUUAGCGCGACUGUACUAAAAAAAAUGAAUGUAAAAGUCUGAUCAUCACACUUUCUUUCGGGCACUUACUUGGCCCGUGCUACAGUAAAAACAGAUUAACAAACAAUACACAAACCAAAAAAACGAGACAAUAAAAAUGAUGUUUUUACAUACUUCAUCCUCAUUUUUGAAGUUUAUGCAUCUGUUUUUUUGUAGCGCUGCCAUAACCCCGAAUGGAACUUACCUAUCUUUAAUGAAAUAAAAUAAAAGCGGGCCCUUGGUUAUAUUAACUUUUAUCCUUGAGAUAGGCAUUUUUCACAGCUCUAAAGAAGGUAACAAAUACAAAUGUGUGAACAUCAAGGUGUGCCUGUAUGAUUUGUCAGUGUAAAAAACAACUAUUUCCUCGAUUGGCUGACUUUUUACAUGUGACUUUUUGCUCGUUUCUGCCGUUAGUUGUCUGCUUUUUUUGGGGUGUGCAUGUGAAGCAAUUUGUGCUUAGAGUUGAAUGAGUACCGUAUUUCCUUGAAUUGCCGCCGGGGCGCUAAUUAAUUUAAAACUUCUUCUCACUCUGGUGCUCACCAAUGGCAUGUGGUAAAUUUAGGCCUGCGCUUAAAAAAUUGAGUGUGAUAUAAGGAUACCAUCAUAAAAAGCACAUUUAAUAAAAAAAAACAUUAUUUUGGUCUUACCUUUACUUAUAAAUAAUCAAUCAAUCAAUCAAUGUUUAUUUAUAUAGCCCCAAAUCACAAAUGUCUCAAAGGACUGCACAAAUCAUUACGACUACAACAUCCUCGGAAGAACCCACAAAAUGGCAAGGAAAACUCACACCCAGUGGGCAGGGAGAAUUCACAUCCAGUGGGACGCCAGUGACAAUGCUGACUAUGAGAAACCUUGGAGAGGACCUCAGAUGUGGGCAACCCCCCCCCCCCCUCUAGGGGACCGAAAGCAAUGGAUGACGAGCGGGUCUAACAUGAUACUGUGAAAGUUCAAUCCAUAGUGGCUCCAAGACAGCAGUGAGAGUCCCGUCCACAGGAAACCAUCUCAAGCGGAUCAGCAGCGUAGAGAUGUCCCCAACCGAUACAGGCGAGCGGUCCAUCCUGGGUCCCGACGAGCGGUCCAUCCUGGGUCUCGACUCUGGACAGUCAGUACUUCAUCCAUGGUCAUCGGACCGGACCCCCUCCACAAGGGAGGGGGGGACAAAGUCCAUGCGCAGCUUAUUCUGAUCAAAAGCAUCGAUAACUUGUUUAUAGAAGUCUUCCUUAUCUUUCUUCAGUUUUAAAAGUCUCUCUGUCUCGAUGGAGAUCUUCCUUUAUUACCUCCUGCUUCGAUUGAAAGUCCAGUUUAGAAAACGGUUUUAGUUUAGAUAUGUAAUCCUCCAUGUUAAAAGUGCAAGCGAGAGGAACAAAUAAACGAUCGCUGCUCACUCUUGCUGCUUCUUCUGCCGCCGAGUAGUCGCAAGAAGGAUCACUAGCGCCCUCUACCAACAGGAAGCGGGAGUCAUUUAAUGACUCAUAUUUGACACACGCAGCUACGGUAUAUUAAUAAAACAUAGCGGCUUACUGUUCUUUUUAGCAUACCCAAUAGCUUGGACCUUAAAUCCUACUGAAUAGCUCUUAAUCUUCUUCCCUUUAUGCGAUUUGAAAUGAUUGAAAUCAGCCUCCUCCAUUUUGAAAAUGAUGACAGGUGAAGUGUCACUCGUGACGUGACGAGUUUGACCCUGCGGAAAAUCCAGACCUGCGCUAAUAGAAAUAAUAUUUUGCGAAACGAGUUUGACCUGGCGUUAAUUCUGAGCCGGCGGUAAUGCUAAGCAUGCGCUAAUUAUUUUUCGAAACGAGUUUGUAAUAAUUCUAGGCAGGCGCAUACUAUCUACCCGGCGGCAAUUCAAGGAAACGCGGUAUGUGCAUAAAAAAAUGUCUUGUUCUGUAGUCAGAUUUGUGUGAUUGCCCGAUUUUUACACGUGACUUUUGCGACGCUCCUGGCCUGUCAGAGUCGAACGUCCGUGCAGAGAUUCGAAGUUGUGGAAAAAGUUGCCCGUCUGUAACUUCACCUUGCCUUUCCCCAUACUCGCCACUUGCAUCCACUCUCACUCGUGCUGGUGCCAAAGCCAAAAACAAAUACAAUUGACUUUCUCUUACUUUGUAUAAAUAAAAGUUUAGGUUUUAGUGGUAGUUAUCAGUUAGGUUAUCCGGCCAAAAUGGUCACCUUUCUUCCGUCAGGGGCCAGGGGUUCUUGCGAUAGGGUAAUUGUGGCAGAUUGCUGUACAGUUUACACAUACACACCUCUGAAUACUGACACACAAUUCUUAUAACGUCGGAAGCUUUCGGCCGACCCCGCAGUUCUGUCUGGGAGAGCAGAGGGCUCAGCCUACGUACCAAACUUAAGGUCUACCGUGCUGUUGUCCUACCCGCCCCAACUCUAUGCCUGUGAGACCUGGACUGCAUACAGCCGGCAUGCUAAACAACUUAACGCCUUCCACCUGAGAUCCCUCAGGAGGCUGCUCAACAUCAGGUGGAAGGACAAGAUCCCAGACACUGAAGUCCUCCACAGGGCUGAGAUGGAGCACAUCUAUGCUAUCCUCAAGCGUUCCCAGCUUGCCGCAUGUCAAACGAACACCUACCAAAAAGGGUCCUGUACGGUGAACUGCACCAUGCAAAGCGCUCACGCGGCGGACAGCGGAAACGCUUUAAGGACACACUAAAGACCAGUCUCAAGGGCUGUGGUCUGGACCCAGAGACCUGGGCAGCCGAUGCCCAACACCGUUCAAACUGGCGCUCUGCAGUCUGGCAUGGUGUAACAGACUUUGAGGAAAAACGCAUCCAUGAAGCCGAACAGAAGCGACAGCUCGGCAAGACCAGGGACUGUUCCUCCCUCUCAGCCAGCCAUAACCCGCCCUCACUGCAGCCGGUCAUUCCGUUCUAGGAUUGGCCUCAUCAGCCAUCUUUGCACACACACAUCAACGUGAAGUCACCUGGUCAUCUUCGAAAACGAAGGACGAACAUGAUAACGUCAGAAACGUAACAAAAAGGCAAGAGUCAAAAGACAGCUAAUUGAGGAAAUACGGACAGACCGAUUUAGUUUUACCCACAGACAAAUCAUCCGGACCAACAACUGAAAACACUAACGCUAAUUACACACACAUUGAGAAACCGACACACAGAUGAGAUCACAGACACAUUUUAAGAUAAACAUUUGCAAAUAAUUUUGCCGCAGUAGUUAGAAUAUGGAAUGAAAUGUAGUACACAGCUUUUAUUUGAUGGGUCACUCAUUGUGUGGUGUUCGGGUCUGUGGAACCCGUUUAAAUUUUUUAUUAAAAGAAAAAUGACACAGUUAAGUUUUCAAACUGAGA